AUGGUGCCGCCGUCACGCGCAACCACCCAUGACGCACGAUCAAAGACCCCAACACACUCGACCGCCUCAAGUCCCUCUCUCAGGUCCAAGACGCCUGUGAGUGUCUCCAUGACGCCCACCAACAGCAGCAUGGGUCCUGGCGGAAACGUCAAAGUCGUCGUCAGAGUCAGGGGGUUUCUUCCCCGCGAAAUCGAGAGAGGCGCACAAUGCCUAAUUGAGAUGAACCCUCGCACCCAGUCGACGAAGCUGUUAGUUCCUCCUUCGACUGAUCCCGCAAAUGCAAGAGCGCAGACGAGAAAGGUGCUGGAGGAGAAGUUGUUCACAUUUGACAAUUCAUUCUGGUCCCACAACACAAGAGAUGAGCAUUAUGCUACACAGGAAGACGUCUACAAUUGCUUGGGAGAGGAAUUCCUAGACCACAAUUUUGAAGGCUACCACACAUGCAUCUUCGCGUACGGGCAGACAGGCUCCGGCAAGAGUUACACCAUGAUGGGCACUCAGGAGCAGCCCGGCUUGAUACCACGAACAUGCGAAGACUUGUUCCAGCGCAUCGAGUCCAACGAGAGCGCCAAUAUCAGCUACAGCGUCCGAGUGUCGUACUUCGAAGUCUACAACGAGCAUGUGCGGGACUUAUUCCAGCCGCGAACUGAACCUCCACAAUAUCUCAAAAUCCGAGAAUCCCCUACCGAAGGGCCAUAUGUCAAGGACCUAACGGAAAUCCAAGUCAAAAAUUACAAUGAGAUCCUGAAGUACAUGCGGAUGGGCGACAGCUCCCGAACCACGGCUUCGACCAAGAUGAAUGACACGUCCUCCCGGUCUCAUGCAGUCUUCACCAUCAUGCUGAAACAAAUCCAUCAUGAUUACCGCACAGACGAGACAACGGAAAGAUUGGCACGGAUACGGCUUGUGGACUUAGCGGGAUCUGAGCGUGCCAAAGCAACUGAAGCGACUGGACAGCGACUUCGAGAAGGUGGAAACAUCAACAAAUCCCUGACUACGCUGGGGAGAGUGAUUGCUGCGCUUGCAGACCCCAAACACGCCCGAAUCCACCAUUCCAAACGGACAAAUCGUGACAUUGUGCCCUAUCGUGAUUCAAUCCUGACCUGGCUGUUGAAGGAUUCACUUGGAGGAAACUCGAAGACUGCCAUGAUUGCUUGUAUAGCACCGUCAGAUUACGAUGAGACCCUCUCAACCCUCCGAUAUGCAGACCAGGCCAAACACAUCCGCACAAAGGCUAUUGUGAACCAGGAUCACGUCUCAUCUGCAGAGAAAGACGCACAGAUCAAUGAAAUGCAAGAGACAAUCCGAGCACUGAGGUGGACGCUGAGCCAGCAGCAACAGAACGGUAGUGCCUCUGUGAUGAAAGCUGUGCAAGAGUCCGCCGAAGCUCAAUCUGAGAAAAUUCGCGAAUUCACCACCAAGUAUGAAAACAUGCUGCAGAUUAUGGAAGAGAAGUUAGCUAUUUCAGAGUCCAAAGUGCGACAAUUGGAGGAAGAAAAAGAAGCGUUGAGCAUUCAUCUGAAGCUUGUUCUUGAUGAGCUCAAAAACCCCAUCGUCAUCAACAAAGAAGAUACCGAAUCUGUCGACGAGAGGUCUAGGGCGCCAACGCCAGACAUGAUAUAUGAAGACGACACGGCCUCUAGCGACGAGGUAGAGACGGAAUCCGAGAUCGAUGAUGAAGCUGCUGAGAUGCAGGCAGAGAUGGAAGCGCUUAUCUCGGACUUGGGAUUGUUCAAGAAGAAGAUUGCGGCAGACCACGAGAUGUUUGGCAUCAGCCUUGCGGCAUGA